CCAGGAUUGAUUUCCCUUUUCCCUUCUUCUCCUCCUCUUACAACAACCUACAUACAACCUCAACCAACACAAAAAAAUAAAUAAAGAAAAUCUCCCUUCUACAUAUUUAUUUACAUACGGAGGAAACCAGUCCGACUCCCUUCAGCGCGCAAGUGCCAUCAGACAAGCCUGCAGAAAUACCCGUUCCCAUUCGAGAUACCCCGCGCACGGUCGGCACGAUCCCACACCAGCCAACCAGCCAAAACAGAGCAAAAGAGCUCCUCUUCUUCCCUGGUCUCUUGGCUGUGAAUCACCCCCAACAAGCCUGGCUCUCCUCCAAUCAACUCAGUCCACUACGAUAACCCAUCCAUCCAUCUGCACCCUCCUCUCCUCCUCAUCCGGUCUCACAGAUCACUCUUUCCCUCUCUCGCACUCUCGACUCCCUUGGACAGCUGAGCACACUCAUCCCCAGGAACCUUCUCGCCUCAGGGACAACACUUGCACAAAUUCGUCGAGGACGCGGUGUACACAGGAGAAAGCUUAAGCCAGUGUGCAGCAGCUUUCGAACAGCAGAGGAACAAAACACAUUAAAUUCAGCCACCCCUUUGGAUACACAUACUCAACAUAUCCCCCACCCAAGGCCCGAGAUGGCUUCCCAAGCCAACCAGCAGCACCAAGCCAAACUCAAUCGACACUCCUUCGACCAGGAGAAAUCGAUGCCCAACAACACCACCUCACCAUCACACUCACCCGCCCUACUACAACAACAACAACAACCACAUAACCAACAACAUCACCACAGCAAAGAGGAAGCCCACCAUCACAACACAAACAUCAACAUCAUCACCCAACACCAAGACCACCAUCACCCACCUCAGCAGCAACAACAACAACGACGCUCAGCCAGUCAUACCCAGACACAGAACAACAGACUCUCCGCACUCCCACCGAGCAUGGCACGGAACCGACUGCCGACGCUCCAGGAGGUCCUAGCCAGACAGACCAGACCGCCCGUCGAUCUCUACUGCUUCUACCUCUAUCUCCAGCGGGAAAAGGCCGAAGACUCGCUCGACUUCUGGCUCGACGCUCAGCAACACGAGAAUCUCUGUCGGGCUUACUUCAAGGACCUCCGCCGCUCCGCCGUCGACCUGAGAGACGAGUGGCCCGCUUAUUACCAACGCGCUUGUACUAGGGGGAGCGUUUAUAAUCCUAUUAAUGGGAUUUCUAGACAGAGUCGACUGAUGAACGAGACGCAGAAUUUCUUCCAAAGACCCAAUGCCGCCCAAUCGAUAGACAGCUCGCGAGUUUCCCAGCAGGGGAUGCCGAGCCCCAAGCCUCCCCACGUCUCACCCGCCUUACGAGCGCUCUUCCCACACGACAAGAUCCCCGAUCAGGACGACGAUCUGCCGGUCCGGCCGUUACGUCAGAGCAGCACUCGGGCCCGCACGCCCAUCCAACCGGUCAUCCCACGUUCCUCGGCGAUCACCAGGACAGACCUGAUAGCCUCGGCCGAGCGGAUCUAUUAUCGCUACCUGCUCAGCGGGGCCGAGAAGGAGAUCUACCUGCCCUCGAGCCUGCGGAUCCACAACUUCCCGAUCAACAGCACCAGUCUGCCGCAUGCGGGCAGCCCGGACUACGACGACGAGGCCAGCUUCUUGGCUAUGGUCCCCGACCUCUUCGUCAGCCAGAAAGAAUACAUCUUUCGAAGCAUGGAGCGAGACACCUUUCCUCGGUUUCUUCGCGCCAAAGCGUUCGGUAAUCUGACCCCGAUGAGCAGCAUCAUCCGGUUAUCUGUCGGCUUGGUGGCCAUAUGGAUCGGCCUAUCCGUCGCUCUGUCGCUCAUCUUCCUCGACAUCCAUCCUCGUGCCCAUCGGCUCUGGUCAAUGAUCCCCUUAUCGAUCGGCGCGGUCGGAGUUCUGGGCCACUUCUACGAGCUCGACCCGGUCCUCCUGCUCUUCAAUCGCUCGGAAACUACGUUCUUUAGGACGCUCUCUAUCAAGGAGAAAUACGUCCAGAAAAUCCUCCGUGGCAGGGCCGUGUGGGUCGUCGUCCUCAGCUCGAUCAUCGUCGCUUGUCUCACCUGUAUCCUCGUCUUCGUCCCCGGCCAUCGUCUCUAACCCUAAUACAUCCUCGACUCUCCCCUCUCCAAACCCCUUCUCCACUUACCUCUUCUUCUGCUCUGACUAAUUCUAAUACUACUACUAUCUCGACUUCCGUCCACCACUCCUCGUUCGAAAUUUCUUUCUUUUUUUUCUUUUUUUAUUUCUUUCGUUUGUUCGGCGUCGCUUCCUCCACGUCCUCUCAGUAGCUCUUAUCCUUAUUUUUUCCGUCUUUCCUCUCUUUCGGAUUCUGGGACGUUUUUUUGUUUCUUCUUCUUCUUCUUUUCAAAACAAAGAACAAGGAGGAAACUUGUGUUCGGGGGACUUGGGCACUACAUGUUUUUUUUGGUUGGUUGGUUUUAAUGUGAUACCCUGUUCAGGAUCUCUUUCUUUGUUUGAUUUGAUACCUAUCUUAUACUUGUCUCCCCUCACCUCAGUUAUUUUCUUCCCACACAUUCUUUUCCAAGUUGUGUGUCUUUUCUGCUGUGUGUACAUAUUAACAUUCAGGAGAGCGAUUCUAUUUGACGAUACCUUUUCGUGUUUACGGGGCCUGUCAUUCACUUCUCUAUCUGAUGGGUUGUCUUCCUUUUUUUUUGUUUUUUGAUAUGAUCAGUUGAUCUACCUUGGCAUGUAUGUGUGUUCUUUUUUUGGAUUUUUUUUUUGUUUUGGGAAAGGUAUCUUUGACUAUAUUAUUAUUUUAUAUAUACCCCCAAGCUGUCUUUUUUUUUAAACCUUAUGCCCUCCUAUAUCUUACCCGCUGAUCAUACCACCAUGAGCUGUGUGUGUGUGUGUGAAAUUUGGUUGUUGUGGUCUUUGAGGCUCAGCCCUCUUGUCUGUGUUCUUCUUUGUGAUUGGAUGGGCCUGGACUGGACAAUGAUAAAUAUAAGAACUUCGACGGGGUCUACCGUCUACGCU